AUGGCCAACUUCUUAGGAACAAAAGUUAGUGAUAUUGAUUUAAAUGAAGUAAAAGAAGAAUUAAGAAAAAAAAAUAAAAAUUAUGAUGAAUAUGAUUUAUAUGUUUAUUAUAAAAAAUUAGUAGAUUUAGAAAAAAUUAAAAAUGAAAAAAAAAAAAAAAGGAAGAGAAUUUUAAGAGAAGAGGAGAACGACGGGGGGUUUAAGCCUUGUAAUUAUAUAUCAAGUAUAUAUAAUAAAAAUAAAAAAAAAAUAACAAAAAAUAUAUAUGAUUAUAUUGAUCAAUAUGAUAAUAUAUAUGAGGAUAUAUACACCAAUGAUAAUUUCCAAGAAAAUAAUAGUUACACAGAUAAUAUAAAUUUUACUUUUUUCAAUGAUAGUAUUUCUUAUAAUCUAUUGAGGAAACAUAAUUAUAUAGACGGUAUACCAAUAGGCCUACGCAUAAAUGAGAAAGAAUAUUAUAAUAAUAAUAGCAUAAGUCAUAUUCCACAACAAUGGAACAAACAGAGUGAGUCUCAAGAAAAAUGCGCAUCUUCUUUACAAUCCAAUGAGGCUACUAACUAUUCUCAACCUCACCAUAUGAAAUAUUUAAAAACAAAUAUAGAUGUAAAAUGUGAUAAUAACUAUAAAUAUGAAGCAGUAGAACCUAAAGAUGUAAAAUUAGUAAACCAUGAAGAAAACAAAACUGACGAGUCUAAUUGUGUAGAAAAAAAGGGUCGAGAAAUCGGACCUAAAUUACCAGACAUAUUUGAUCAAGUAAGAAAGCAUGAAAUAAUAUACAAAGAAAAUAAUACCGAGCAUAAUAAUGGACGUUUACAAAAUGAAUAUUUAAAUAUUUUAUCCCGACGAAACCGUAUUAUUUCAUUUAAAUUAAAAGAACAAAAAGAAUUUGAAAAAAAAAUUAAAGAAAUAUAUAAACCCAAAAAUAAUUUUGAAGGAGCUUUUUUUGAUAAGGAAAAAACAAGUAUACAAAAUAUUACAAAAAAUGAAUUUGAUACAAUUCGAAUUAAUUUUUUAGAACAUAAAAAUGAUGAUUAUGAGCAACAUAAACUAGCUAUAUAUAAUGAUGUAAAAAUAGAUAGGGGUAUAGACAGUUUUGGAAGAAAAAAAAAAAUGUUUGGACAGGUUGAUAAUUAUGAUAAUUAUUCCGAUAGUUCUUGUGAAUAUAUACAUACUGCAUCUGAUACGAGAAAAAUGAAUAAACAUCUUGAAAUAAAAGAUUCAGAUCAAGAAAUGGAAAAAAGACGAGCUAUAACUAACAGGAGGCAUAACAUAAGUAAAGAGAAAAAUGAAAACAUGAUUGAUAAUAUAGAGUAUGGAAAAGAAAGAGAUAAAAUAGAUGAAUUAGAAGGAAAUGCUAUAAAUUUAUUUGCAUUAUAUGAUACUUCAAAUUAUGAAAAAGUAGAGGUAAUGGCAUUAUUAGAAUUUUAUUCUAUUUUUUAUAAAAGAAGAAAUAAAAAUAAAAGUAAUGAUACAACUAAUAAUAUAAUUUCUUUUCCUAACAAUAUGAAUGACAAAAGAAUGGAUGAAAUAUAUAGACAAUACUCAAGAUUAACAAACUUACAAAAUAAAGAAUUAACCAAAACAGAACUGAUAAAUUUAUAUGCCCCAAAUAAAAAUUGGACACAUGCAACUACAAACAAUGAACAAAAUGAGAAUAAAUUGGAAAAGGAUAUUGCUGACCUUAAAAAUAAAAUAAAUUUUAAUGAUUUAAAAAAAAAAAAUCGAUUUUUAUUUUUUUGUAAAAUGAAAGAGAAUAAUAAUAUUAAAAAAAAUGCUCAUAUUUUUUCAAAAAUAGAAUAUAACGAAUUUGAUAAUUUGGCAAAUAUGUUAAAAAUAUAUCAUCUUAAUUUUUAUACAAAUAAUAUAAUAAAUGACUACAAAAAUAUUAAUACAGAUAUGAAAAUACAAAAUUAUGAAUUUUCAAAAAGUAUAUAUGAAAAAUUAAAAAUUUCAGAUAUGCAUAAGGAUGAUGAUACUUCAAAAAAUCAUGAGAAAACCCUUGACAUGCUUUUUUUUAAUAUCCCAUCGUUUUUUUUUAUCGCACUUUUUAGUUCAUAA